AGAUCGUCACCGGCAGAUAUUCUCUAACGCACGCUCCUGCUUCUCACGAGGACCCCAGGAGGUCAAUUAAUCGUCGACGGCCCCGGGCGACUUUAAUUGACUCUCCAAUAUGCAGCGCGCCUGGACUCGGACGGCCCAGAGCAAUCUAGGCCGUUACGGGUCCGGCCUGUCUGCUCUUGCCCGACGUCGUGCGGCAAUUCCACGACCCCGACUCCGCCCUGGCGAUGCCUUCACUCUUUUCUAUUCAUGCAUGUUUGCGACAGCAGCAGUUGUUGAUGCCAAAGUCAAGGAUACCCGUCGAAGGAAUCUGGAUGAUGCCAUUAAGGAUGUGAAAGAAAAGUUGCUUGCGUUGGACAUACAAGAGGCUACUGAGCUUGGCAGUGCUCUGAAAGCCGCUAAUGGGUCAGGAUAUUCGCUCAAAGGCGUACCUAGACUUUCAAUCCCUGGGUGGGAUAUUACUCAGAUUCUCCGUCCAUAUCUCUUCAAUACGCGCAGCACCGGGAUGACACGAAACAACACUUAUAUGUCGGAUAAAGGACAAGAAGCAUUGGUAGAUCGACUUUCGGAUAUGCUCUCCGGGUCCUCGGUCAGUAGCCAUCCAGCAAAGUCAACACAUGCAUUUGACUCGCUGGAAAGAAGGGGGGAUAAUAUUGGUCGAGCUCGCCCACCGAGACCUCAGAGCGAGCGGAAGAUCCUCGUCCAAGAAUUCUCAAUUGCCAAGCUCGCCAUACGCCUCCUUAUUCAUUCGUCCGUAAGACAUGAAGAGGAUCAUAUUGAUAAAAGCUCUGAGGCUGCCGUGCAAAGACAACAGGAUGAACUGGUUUCUAGGCUUCAGGAGAUGGAUCGUCGAUUGCGCAUGCUGCGAUAUAGCCCGGAGGCCUUUACAGAAGGUGGAUUUGGCUCACCGCAAUACCCGACAUAUCAGUCCCUGCCCUAUCACGAACGACGUGAGAGCGAACUGGCAUUAAAUACGUCAAUCAUGGACGUACUCAAUGACUAUCGGCGUGGACAGUCCCCCCUUCAGGUUAUGCUCGGCAAGAUCUGCUUCAAUUUACUGGCAUCGCCGACGCCUCCGAACACUGAAACUUACAAUCUCCUCGUCAUCUACUUCAGCCGAUUCAAGGAAAGCAACUUGGUAAAGAUGGUCCUCAAUUCCUUUGAUGAGAGCCAUAUGCGACCAAAUGAGAGAUCCGUCUCGUCGCGCCUCAAAUUUUACACUGUGACCAACAACAAGUUUGGAUUCAAGGACUACCUCGCGAAAUUAGAUGGUCUCAAAGGCGGUACCGCGCUCGCUCGUCCUGGCAUCAAGGUCUCGGCUGGGAAUGAUCGCCUUGUAGCUCGCGGAGGCAAAAUUUUCCAGAAAGCGCCACGCAAUCAGAUCGUGUUCGGGGCUCUAAUCAACGGCGCAUGCAAGUUUUUUGGCUUAGAGAAGGCGCUGCAUUGGUACGAACGCAUGAUUGAGGAAGGCUGGAGCGCCAAUGUGGAAAUUCUUACAACACUUCUUCGACACUGCGCCAACACCGAGAAUUGGGAAGCCGGCCGGCUGGUCUGGAAAUCUCUUCAGGCAUUUAACGCCAAGGCUUCCAGUCCCCUUUCCGACGAGCAGCAAAGGAUAGAUGAUUUCGCUUACUACUGGAUGCUCAAGCUGUGCAAGGCAUGCAGCGAGACUCAGGAGUACCAACGAAUUCUGCGAGAAGCAAUUGCAAAUGGCUUUUCGCAUAAGCGAGUUGUUCAUUCGCCAGUCAUGGACAAGACGGCAAGGUACAAGCUGCGCAAGCAGCAAAACCUACGCGUUUCUAUCGGGGAAGCUGCGAAUCCAGCUCGAGCCAUAGAAGCCAUUGAGUCUUCAGAGCUGCCGGAACAAGAAGAGGUGGCUCCUCAGGUUUCAUCGCCGCGCCACUUCCGUUCAGAGGAAGCGUAUCACGAUAUUGAUUAUGAGGAGCAUCGUCGUCCUGUCUACAUGGCCAGUGCAUGUUGAGCUUGGGGUGCACUGCUCUCUGAUGUGAAUAUUCUCUAUGGCGUUGCGUCAUUGGCGUUUGGGUUGACUGGGAAUUUUGAGCAAGGUGGUGGGAUUUUCACUGUUUUGUUUGACGUGUGGAUUGGGCCCGUCCUGUCCCAGAUUGCUUUGGCUUACUUCUAUGUACCUUUUCAUUUUGUAUAUCUCAUGUUCUUGUCUAUAUAGUUUCCUUAACACCAACGAUACCGGUGUAUAUCCCUUGUUCUAAUCGGUAUCGAAUGAAAAUUCCUUCUAUCAUAUAUUCUGAUCGGGGAUACCCCUUCCUGGCAUGGUAGCUAACUCUGGGUCUAAGGAUGCUUAGGAGGAUUUUAAAAAGCACCUUAACCUAGUGAUGAUUUUGAUGUCUGUAAAACGUUGUCUACGCUGAAAUUUACUGGAUUCUA